UUAUCACCUGUGUUGACAGCUCGUGCGACUAUGUUCGCCAAAGGCGAUCCGCAAAAUGUCAUAGGAACCAUCGAUUUUAUGCAAGUAGGAAAUAGGGUUAAGAUUACCGGCACCGUGAAAGGACUAACACCAGGUCUUCAUGGAUUUCAUGUUCAUGAAAAAGGUGAUUUGGGAAAUGGUUGCGCAAAUGCAGGUGGUCAUUACAAUCCGCUCAGUAUGCAACACGGUUCACCAUACGAUAACGAUCGACACAUCGGUGAUCUCGGGAACAUCUUUACUUCGUACGGCGGCUUUACGAUGAUCUCCAUCACGGACUCCGUAGCUAAACUCGAUGGUCCAUAUAGUGUGGCUGGACGAGCUAUCGUCAUUCAUUCCGAUGCAGACGAUCUGGGCCGUGGAAAUUCACCAGAGAGUAAAAAAACUGGAAACGCUGGUAGUCGAGUUGCUUGUGGAGUGAUCACUGUUUUACGACGCCGUUCACCUUAA